AUGUCAGACCUGAAGCUACCAAAUCGAAGCUUAGCUGCUGUUAUAUCUGAGGCAGGCAUCUGCCUUACACUGAACAUCACAAGCAUCAUUGGAAACGGUCUGGUUUGUAUAGCAGCAUACAGAAACCCAAACCUGCGAUCAACCACCAACCUGUAUAUCAUUGCUUUAGCAGUCAGCGAUUUGUUGUGCGCAACAAUUGAAAUGCCUUUAGCUUCUUCAACGCUUGUUAUUGGUAGAUGGGACUUUGGCGACGUCGUAUGCGAAAUUCAAGGCUUUGUUGAUGUUUUCACCACAUACGCGACCCCAGCAACCCUUGGUUUGACAGCAGUCAACCGCUAUGUGAAAAUUGUGAAGACGGCGAAACAUAAGAAAUAUUUUUCGCCCCUCAGAUCCAAAAUUUGGUUGUUUUGCGUUUGGACUUUUCUUGUGCUUUACCUUUUGACUGGUCGAGCGACAAAUUUUCUCAGUUUUGAAUUCGUACCUGGCUUUGACGUGUGCGCCCUUGGUUUUGCAAAUCAGAGGGUUCGAGUCGUUCAUUUUUGCAUAACAUUCGCAUUGUUUUUCAUAGUACCGCUAUGCAGUGGUAUAUUCAGCUACUACAAGGUAUUAUCCACUACCCAUCAACAUCAAUUGAACACA